AUGGCCUUUCAAGUUCCGAUCCCUAGGCCGAGUAUGGCCGCCGUGGCAUUCGAUGCCUGGCCUUCUCUUCUCAAUCUACUGAGCGCGCCCUGGAAGCAGAUUGAACAAUCUGCCGCCGCCCCUCAGCCGCAACGGACCAGCCACGAACUCAACUCGAUUGAAACCUUUCAGAUCUCCCUGCCUGAAUUCCUAGCUACAACACCUUCCGAGGCUCUUCGAUCAGCUGUCUUGUACAAGCCGGCAGAACCCCAAAGGGCUCGCUCCCUAUUAGCUACGGCAAUCUUUUGGAGUUCGCCAUCCAUCACUAGCCGUCGUGUCGCCACACCCGCAUCUCGCUUCUUUUCCACGCUGACCGCAAAUCCGAACCGCAUCCGCCACGCCCCGCAAGUACAUGGACUUUCACCUCUUCAACAGCAGCGAUACCUUUUCGGAGGUCCCUCUCAAGCUUUACUCGCUCAGAGGGAGAAAACUGCAAACAACAACCCCAGCAGCGCGAACGCUCAAAAUGCUUUCUAUCAGGCUCUCCUACGUGCGAACCAUCCUGCCAUCAUCAUUGAACGAUACAGAUCUGGUUAUUUUGCCAGUAAUGCGGCCACUGAAGCGAUAUACCACAAGGCACUGCAACGGGUUAGCGGAGCAGAUGGCUCUACUGCCUUCCUAGGCGCUAACCACCAAUCCACUCCUGACCCUCUUCAGCAACUUCGGCCCGAGCAAAUCCAAGCUAUCGGUCAAGCUGUUGUGUCGAAAGGUACCCACGGCAAAUUUCACGCGGCACCAAAUCAAAGCGGCACUGGAGCUAAAGAUGCACCUCUAUACGUUGUGGUGGAGGAGUCGCUGGGAGGCACUAUCUUUCGCUGGGUGAGGUUCUUCAUCGUCUUGGCUUUCAUCGCAUACACGUCUUGGGUAAUGAUCGCCGUUCUCCUUGAGACCUCCGGUCUCCUGAAGAACGUCAAGGGCGCACAAAACAACGAAGCCCAGCCUGAACACCAGACCGUGCGCUUCAGCGAUGUCCAUGGAUGCGAUGAGGCCAAGGAUGAACUGCAGGAACUUGUUGAAUUUUUGGUAAACCCGGACCGGUUCAAUUCCCUCGGUGGCAAGUUGCCGAAGGGUGUCCUUUUGGUCGGUCCUCCUGGUACUGGUAAAACUCUACUCGCGCGUGCUGUCGCAGGUGAAGCUGGCGUUCCGUUCUUCUAUAUGUCCGGCUCUGAAUUCGACGAAGUCUAUGUUGGCGUCGGUGCCAAGCGUGUUCGGGAGCUGUUCAAUCAGGCCCGCAGCAAGUCUCCGGCUAUCAUUUUCAUCGAUGAGCUGGAUGCCAUCGGUGCUAAGAGAAACGAAAGGGACGCCGCUUAUGUGAAGCAAACCCUGAACCAGUUGCUCACUGAACUCGAUGGAUUUUCCCAGAGCAGCGGAGUCAUCAUCAUCGCAGCAACCAACUAUCCUCAGCUUCUAGACAAGGCUCUCACGCGUCCUGGUCGUUUCGAUCGGAAGGUGACUGUGGGCCUACCUGAUGUUCGCGGUCGCAUGGAUAUUCUUAAGCACCACAUGAAAAACGUUCAGAUUAGCACUGACGUUGAUGUGGCGGUCAUUGCUCGCGGCACUCCUGGGUUCUCCGGUGCCGAGCUAGAGAACCUUGUCAACCAGGCCGCUAUCUACGCUAGCAGAAACAAGAAGGCUAAGGUUGGGCCAAAAGAUUUUGAUUAUGCAAAGGACAAGAUUAUGAUGGGUGCGGAGGCUCGCAGUCGUGUCAUCCAAGACAAGGACAAGCUCCUUACUGCCUACCACGAAGCCGGCCACGCGCUUGUCGCUUACUUCUCGGAAUCGUCUAUGCCCCUUUACAAGAUCACCAUCGUCCCGCGUGGGAUGGCGCUGGGUAUCACCCAUUUUCUGCCGGAGAUGGACGAGGUGUCCAAGAACUACACUCAAUAUUUGUCCGACAUUGAUGUUUCCAUGGGCGGUAAGGCUGCAGAGGAGCUUAUUUUCGGCCCUGACAAGGUCACCAGUGGUAUUUCGGCCGAUAUUCGAGCAGCGACCCAAACCGCCUUCACCCUCGUCACUCAGUUUGGCUAUUCCAAGAAACUUGGCAAUGUCGACUUGAGUUCCAACUACGACAGCCUGUCUUCCGAGACGAAACAGGAAAUUGAAUCCGAGGUCCGACAAAUUGUCGAGGAAGCUCGCGCUCGCGCCACCAAUAUUCUGACCGAGAAACGCAAGGAGCUAGAGCUACUGACCCAGGCUCUGAUCGAGUAUGAAACCUUGACCAAGGAGGAGAUGGAGAAAGUUCUCCGGGGCGAAAAGCUCGAUAAAUUGGAAUCAGCCUCAGCUGCUCCCCUCAAGUUGCCUGAUGUCCUUCGGACUGCCAAUAUAACGGCGCCGAAGGCAAAGGAGCCCCCAUCAGUUGCCGCCAAUCCCGCAGAGGAAUAA